AAGAAGACUCAACUCACAGCCAUUAUUGUCUAAAUAGCUGAAGAAGCCGAGUUUACGGGAACCUAAAGGACACAGGAGCAAACUGGGCGAGGCUUCUCACGGCGACGUCACAACUGCGCACGAUAUGCGCAAGCUAAUGCGCAUAUUCGUACGCCGGCCAAAACAUUAGGAGAAGAUGUCCUCCUGUGUCCUACUCUCUGUCCUCUGGAGCCUUCCUCUCACUACUACUAUUACUGUGGGUUUGAUCGUAUUGGGUGAUAGAGAAGAAGUCCAGAUGGUGUGUGCCGGGAAGGAAUUCCGCUUGCCGGUCUACUCAACAUCAAGAAUCGUGACUUUUACGCCGAACCCUGUAGGACCAAGGCGUGUCCUCCUUGAGAAGACCUUUGUAAGGGACCCUCGUUUCAAGUGGACCAAAGAUAAGAUGUUGGUCCUGAAGGAAGUGACUCAUGCGGACCAGGGACUUUAUUCUAUCAAACUGGCUUCUGGAUUCACCUAUGAGACAGUUCGUCUGACUGUUUCAGAAUGCAUCAAGUCCUACUAUAGAAACUACGGAGAGAACUUUGAGUACAACAUCCCCAAGAACGCCUCCGUCCUGGAGUUUUCUCCCCGAGGCACUCCGUCUGAGGCGAUGCCAAUAGUUCUGUGGAACCGUACCAACCCUGACACCAGUGGUGCGGGUCGAGGCCGGCUGCUGCGAGACGGGAAGGUAUGGGUGGCUGAGAGAGUGACGCAAGCCGACCAAGGCAACUACACAGUGCGAGACACCGAGGGCACGGUGGUGUCUCGCGGCACCCUCACCGUCGGCGGACACACUUUUAAUGUGAUGCGCUCUAGCAAGGAGUCUCUGACCCUGCCACUCUUCCUCCCCGUACCACAAGCCUACCUCAUCUUUUCCCCCAACCGACACACUGACAAAUCCUUGCUGGAUCCUUCCGACCCCCCUCGUGGUCCCGUUCAGCUGAUCCGUGAGGGCUAUAUAUCCAACCAAGACCCUCGGUUCAGGGGUCUCAUCUCCAUGGGCAGGAACGGCUCCAUUAACGUGGUCGUCAUAGUGAGGCUGACCCCAAGUCACGAUGGCGUCUAUGAAAUCAGAGACAGCGAUGGCAACCUGGUGUCGUCCACCUCGUUGCAGGUGACUGAAAGGGUGGACAAGCUGCGAGCGUUUCUCAAGUCCGUCACUGUCCCUUGUAGCUUGUUUCUAUCUCUGACCGGGGUAAUUCUGUUCUUGAAGCGCUACCCUUGGCUCACCUGUAACCGGUCAAAGAUUAUCGCCUGCUUCAGGAGAAACCGCGCCCCACAAGCCCAGCCCCAGAUGGUCAACAUCCAGGUUUCACCCAGAGGGUUCAAGUACAGCAGCUGCACUGGCUGUUGUUUAUGUUGCAUACAGAACUACAGUGAUUCAAGCCCUCAGCCUCCAGGCUACUACAAUCAUGUUCAGCAGCCUGGAACACCACGGAAAUGGACCCCUGGUGCCAGUCCAGUUCAUACUGUAAGGCUGGUACACUGUAAUGCAUGUACCUCGCAACACACAUACACACUGUAUUUGUGUUCCUGUUGGUGUUUCCAGGGUUAUAGUCCUGUGAGGGGCACAACACCUCGACACACUCCUGUUCGGGCAAAAGCUGAGAACCGGGAGGCACAGAGACGGGCUCCUCAGGAAGCAUCUAAUGAAGAAGAGAGGAGCAUUUCCUUCCCGUUGGCUGGGGCGUCAGAUUGCCUCCACGCCUCUGAAGAUUGUGUUCAAUUUCAGAUCAAAAAGGAGCCAGUUCAAGAAAGACAAAGCAAAGCCAAUGAGUAUUAUUCCACACUGCCGCUAGACACGGAUACAUCUGAAACCUGCAGCGUUUACACUUCCAAGAAGCUGAACGUCUUGUAGUGCAUGGAGGAGCAUGUGGAAAAAGUUCUAGAAAAGACAAAAACCCACCUGUGCCUUUUUGCAAUCAAGCCUACGCUUUAUUUAAAUGGUUUAGUAUCCACAUGCAUGCCAUUAGUCUAAAUGCAAUGGUACUUUUAUGCAGCAUGAUAUGAGUAUUAACCUUACUGCUUCGUAGUGGUCAUUUCUUCAUUCUGAUGGAGCUUCCAAAUUCUCUUUUCCACCAUUCACUGAUGUUGCCUACCUCCAGACCUCAGGACCAUCCUGAUCUGCACUGUAUAUAUUUGCUGAAUCUACGAAAGUGUUUGCGUGUUUGCUCAGUGAGAUUGUUAUGGGGCUUCCUAGAAAAUAGUCAGUGUAAGGUAAUAUAAUAUGUUUGCAAAAGGGAAAAGUUGCUUACAUGCUUACUAACUGCAAGUAAUUAUCAUGUUAAAUGUAUGUGCUCUUGUAGAAUAAUCUUACCAUGAUAAGCCCUGAAGUACUGUGCAGGUGGUACAAGUAAUGUACAGUGUAACACGCUCCACCAAAUAUUGUAUUGUACUGUAUCACCAAAUCCUUCCCGUUUGAUGAGAGUGACUGAAAUUUUAUUUUUGUACCAUAAAAACAUGUAUUAUUGUUGUAUUUUAAAAUAAAAUAUAUCUAAACAGAGGCAAAUCUCACUGUUUUCGCCAGUACGGUGUCAUGUGUAUUUUACAUGCAUUGUGUGUAAAUGAAUUUUUUUUUUUAAGUACAAUAUGGACGACCAAACUAAAACUGCAAACUAAAACUGCAUGUUGAAAUGUUUAAGUUUACCUUGUGUUUAUGAAUCUCCCUCUGUAUUUGACAUCAAAAUUCUAUGCAAGCACCACAAAUCAGAACUGCAGGAAUAGCCAAAGCAAU